CUGGCUUGUCUCUAUGACAACAUCGUUGUUUUAGCCACAAAACGGUGAUCUAACGUGCUGGUAGUACAAAUAGCUAUUAUCUAACUAAUUCAACCGGCAUAGCCAGAUCAUUAAUUAGCUAAGGGAAACGGCCAGGAUUAUUUGGCCUGACAUGAGGGAAUACACUGCUUAGCUGGCUAACUUUGGUUAGCUAACGUGGUGGAAGAAGAGACCAUGACAGUGUUUUCUGUGUGGGCUCUCUCCAUCCCGCUGCCUGCAGUGCUGAUCAUAGCCGUCAGCUUCUACUUGCUAAUGCUGGUGAUCGCGCUCUGGUGUCGACAUUGCUUCAAAGCUCAGUGUUCCCCGUGGAGCUGUGAUUGCUGCUCCAGCCUCCAGCCCGGGGAGUACUGCCUGGCCUGUGCAGAGUCCUGCGACUGCCAGCCUCCCUCCCUGCGCUCCUGUCUCAACCACACCUGCACCCCUCCCUCUUGCGCCAUGUGGGACUGCGCUUGCACCUGCCAGCCACCCGACUGCGAGUCCAUCAACUGCCUCUGCUUCGAGAUCAAGUUCAGAUAGAGCGGGCUGGCUGCUGGACUCCAACGCCAAGGAGAGGAAACACAGCACAUACAGACUGGCUCACACACAUGAAACAGCACAUACAGACUGGCUCACACACAUGAAACAGCACAUACAGACUGGCUCACACACAUGAAACAGCACAUACAGACUGGCUCACACACAUGAAACAGCACAUACAGACUGGCUCACACACAUGAAACAGCAUGUACAGACUGGCUCAGACACACAUGAAUAGCAAUUGGUGACCCAGAAACAUUUGCUUGAUCCCUGUAACCAAGCAGUUACACAUUUGUCUCGUAAUGUCAAGCUGAAAAUGCCACAGACCACUGCAGCAAAUGCCUCCUGUCUGUUCCAGACCCACCGCCUGUGUCUGUGCAUUAUGUGGCAGUUCACCAUGUAUAAUGCAGCCAAACCAGCUGAACAUGUUCUGUAGUUGAAUAUCAACUAGAUGAAUAUCAUAGUUUCCCCAAACGGUAUUGAUGCCUUAAUUCAGGGGUGUCAAACUGCAGUCCUGAAGAGCUGCAGUGUCUGCUGGUUUUCACUGUGUUUCAGCACCAUUUCUUUGUUUCAGUCAUAGAUUGGCUGAACAGUCCACACAUCCUGUUCUCAAGGCCUUGAUUGGCUGUUGACCUGCAGACACUGCGGCACUACAUUACAGUACAGGCAUGUAGCAGACGCUCUUAUCCAGAGUGACGUACAACGAAGUGCAAUCCGGCAGACACUGCGGCCCUCCAGGACUGGAGUUAAACCUGCAGACACUGCGGCCCUCCAGGACUGGAGUUAGACCUGCAGACACUGCAGCCCUCCAGGACUGGAGUUAAACCUGCAGACACUGCGGCUCUCCAGGACUGGAGUUAAACCUGCAGACACUGCGGCCCUCCAGGACUGGAGUUAAACCUGCAGACACUGCGGCCCCCAACAUGAAAUCUUAUUGUUUACAAUUAAACAUUGCAUACGUCCUCAAAGCAACUUCUGUAUGCACACAUUCCUUCGGAACAACAUGGCUUUACAGCGUCAGCUGCAGUUUGUGGUUCUGAAGGGUAAAGGCUACAGGUCAUAUUCAAGACCAGAAAUGUCUGUUCAUACAGUUCAGACGAAAUGAGAUUUUUAAAACUUGUUCUACAGGUCACUGUUUACAAGUGCAAUUCAAAAUUGACACCAGUGUCUCCCAGAGCUGUUCAAUAUUUUGUAAAUAUCUGUCCUUUUGACAAAUGUACGGCGGUUGUUUUGACUGGCAAUGCUUUUCCUACGGAACUAUUUGAAAAAUGUUGAAACACAUGAGCUCAAGGUCUUAGUAAUUAAUGACAGAAUUACUGUACGACACGUGGUCUUUAACAGCACAGCUGUCCACAGCCUUAAGAAUCGUAUGAGUGUACCCACAAAAUUACUAGAGUCCGUAAUUCUAGCUUCAUCCCAGCAUUUACAUGAUAUCAGUUUUUAUGUACAAGUAUGAUAUGACUUUGAACGCCUUGUGAGAAUUUUUUAUUCAAAUAAAAAAAAAAAUUUUUAUA